AUGGAGGAAGAUUAUGAUUAUUUCAAACAAAAGUAUGACGCUCGUGGGUAUCUUGGCUUUACUCCAUUACAAAAGUGUACUGAGGCCAUCCGACAACUUGCAUAUGGCACAAGCGUUGAUUCAUUUGACGAGUACCUGAGAAUGUCUGCCAAGACCGCGCGAGACACACUCACACACUUUUGUAAAGGUGUGAUUGAGUUGUAUGGGUCGGCUUAUUUACGACGUCCGACUUGGAGUGAUCUCCAAAGGAUGUACGAAGUGCAUGAGCAUGUUCACGGUUUCCCCGGUAUGAUCGGUAGCAUCGACUGCAUGCACUGGAAGUGGGAACAAUGCCCUACCGCUUGGCGUGGUACACAUACUAGAGGCGACAUUCGCAAACCGUCGUUAAUAUUGCAGGCGGUUGCAUCUUAUGAUCUUUGGAUAUGGAAUGCAUAUUUUGGUCAACAAGGUUCUCACAACGACAUCAACGUGUUUGAGUCUUCGCCGGUUCUCGAAGAGAUUAUAAACGGGUUGGCACCAAGUUCAGCGUUUUAUGCGAGCGAUAAUUACUACAAACGCGGAUAUUAUUUAAUUGACGGUAUCUAUCCGGAGUACGCAACGUUCGUAAAGACGUUCACCGAUCCUAUUGAUCUUAAAAGAAAAUAUUUCAAGAGAAAACAAGAAUCAGCAAGAAAAGAUAUCGAGCGAGCGUUUGGAGUUCUUCGAAAGCGAUGGCACGUCAUCAAUUAUCCAGCAAGAUACUGGACAAAGGAAAAAAUGCAUGACGUCACUUACACAUGCAUUAUUUUGCAUAACAUGAUAUUGGAAGACGAAGACAAAGCCAUUUGCCAAGAUUACAAUGAGAAUGACUCUUCAUUGUUCCCGGAGUAUUGGACACAAGAAGUAUCAUUGGAGACACGAAUCGAGAACAUAAUGGAUAUAAAGAAUAGAGAGACACACAACAAGCUUAUGUAUGACUUGAUCGAUCACCUAUGGGACAAAAACAACCAGGAUACGAGGCGGAACUCGUUCACGAGGAUGAAGGAGAUUACGAGGAUGAAGAUAAUAACAAUGUAG